UCGAAGGGGGCCUUCAGUCGAUCGUCCGGACUGUGCAAGGAAGUCAUAUCAAAAAAUAUUUUUUUAAAUAUGAAGCUCUUGAGAUACUGUCUUUUUUGCCUCUUCGCCAUGAGAGUGCAAUCAAAGCCACAAAUAACGAAGCUAUUUCCAGUGGAAGGAUUGACGGCAUAUCACAAACAAUUUAAUGAUACCACGAAAUCGUUAGAUAAAUUUUGGGAAAAACUACGCACAACAUAUAAUUUUGUUUUCCAUCAACCCGGUAACACCAGCAACAUAGAAAAAAUCCUAGCAAAGAACGCAUCAAAUCCUAAUUUGCAAACUUUGAGAUUAAUAUGGACUGACACGGUAAAAGCAGAUAAUUAUACAAAUCUCAAGUAUCCCAACAAUACCUUCCUGGAUCAGAUAAAGUCACUGUCGAUACCAAAAAGUCGUGACAGCAAGGCGACUUCGAGUAAUCUCAAGAAAGAUUCAUCUGUCGAAAUAAAAACAAACGAAAAUAAUGUGAGCUCUACGAAUUUCAAUAAAACAAGUUCUAAUGAAGCUAAAAUACUACCUGACGAUGAUUGGUUCAAUGACAUUCAACCUUUGGAACAAUUGGAACUGCAAGACGAAGAGCUGGAUAAGAAAAAUGAGGUGGAAAGCGUGACGCCAGGAACGACCCUUCCGACGACAGUGGGUCGUCAUCUGCUUGAGUGGCUUGGAACUCUUUUCGGAUUUACUUAUAGCAUUUACAAUAAAUUAUCGAGCGCUGCUUGUGGAAACGAAAAGCUAACACAAUGAUAAAAUAAACCGACAAAAAGUAAAAUAAAAUACGAUAAUUAGAUCAGAAACCAUAUUACGUUAAUCCAUUUAUAAAUUUGCGCAUCAAAUCAAAUAAAAUAAUUUAAUUCGUGAUAAGUUAAUUUAUUCGACAAACAAUAUACCAACUUUAUAAUCGCAUAUGUCUUACGAAAUGAAUUGUUAUCCAUCUGAUAAUUAUUAUAUCGUAGAUCUCUUGACUUUUCUAAUUAAAUUUGCGAUUCUUGAAUAGUUUUCUAUCGAUUAUUAGAUACAUAAAAUUGAUGAUUAAUUUUUCGUUCAAACAAUUAUCAAUUUAUAUGUACUG